AUGGAUUACUUCGAUGAAACCUAUCCUGAAGAUAUCCGAGACUUUUUAAACUCUCUUCUCAAAAAAGCACUGGGAUGGGCUCGUGUCGCAUCAACUGUGCAGAUUAUCACAAGUUGCAUUGGUUGCUUUUUGAAUGUCUUUCAUGUUUUUAUACUUUUUCGGAAGGAGUUGAGAAGUCAGGCGACAAAUAUAUUGAUUAUUGGAAUUGCAGUAAGUGAUUUCGUGUAUUUGUUGUACUACGUAGAUGGUGCGACGUGGGAUUGGUUGAAAAGCGGGGUGCCACAGGAGUGCAUUCCCCCCGAUUCUCUAAUCCAUCAAAUCUGGACCUGGGUACUGUUCAUAUUCAAAGACGCGCUCCGCCGAGUAUCUUCAUGGCUUGCCGUUGGCUUAAUUCUUCAACUCAUGAAAGCGAGAGACGGGAGGAGGAUUUUAAUGAGGAAAGAUGAGGAACACGAGAUGCUACACAUCACAAGACUUAUUAUCUGCAUGACUAUCGCAUACUUUUUGGCUGAAACUCCAGUGGGUAUCUCCUAUUUUUGUCUAUCGGUUUUGAUCGGUGAUGAACAUGGUUAUGGGCUGCAAUUUCUUGUCAACUAUAUCACUAUAAUACUCAACACAUUUCUUGUAAUACAUUCUUCCAUUCAUUGUUUUUUCUGCUUCUUCCUGUCUUCUGAAUACCGUAAAACGAUUGGGUCGCUGUUCGGGUGCACAACUGGUCGAAAUGGAGUUGGAAGUUCUAGAAAUUUGAGUACAAGCUCUUGA